GCAACCAACACCAACGCAGCACCGAAGCAACAGUAAAGGGCGCCCAGAAACAGACCAGCCGGACCCACGCACACACACACACAACCACCCCUGUGGCCUGAGUAAACGCAUGCGAACGGCACACUCAAUACUGCUCGAACCGACUGCUGCUUGGUGCUACUGCUACUACUGCUGCUGCUGCUGCUGCUCGAAAACCGAACAACCCGUCAACCGUGCAAAGUGUUGCUGCACUGCUGCUACUGCCUCGGUGCUCGGUCGUUCAGUUUUCGGUGUGUUUUCUUUCCUCUAACCAGUGCUACUGCUACUGUGUGUGCUUCCUCCGCUCCUGUGUCUGUGUUCGUGCUCUGUGUAUGUGUGUCUGUGUGCGUGUGUAUGUGUGUUUUCUGAUUGAUUCUGCCUUGCCAACAUUUCCAUCGUGGCCGUGCUCGGUCCACCCUUUUAACACGGAAUCGAAAACGUCCUUCGUCACGAAACGGGACCGGAAGCGGGCAAGAGUGCGUGUGCGAUUCGUGCGAACCACUUCGAACAUUCGAGCAAGCGGGGUCCAGAGAAGGGCCACGGGACGGCGGGAAGAAAAAUCCUCACACACACCGACAGACGCGCGCGCGCUCGGACUCGGCGAGAGCCCCUUGUGUGUGCGAGGGAAAAGGGAUCUGCGACACUCUCACGCCACUGUCCUUGCCGGACACUCACCACCGUGAGUGACUCCUGUUUGGGUGCUAUCAACAAGGAUCCAGAAGGCGGAUGCGGAAAGGUUAACCGGGGUGGAAAAUGUGCGCCCGGAAGAAGGGUGCCUGAAAAGUGUCGAACGCCACAGGCAUCCCUGCCAAGGAAAUGAGUGCCCCGGAGGGUGAGUGAGUGAGUGAGUGCGCUGAGUGAUGAUAGCAACUUGUUUGCUGCAAACACAAGUCGGUCCCUGCGAAUCGUACGAAUCACAACUGAAAAACCCACUUGUCGCAGCGAGAAAGUUCAAUCUGUGUGCGUGGCAAGAACUUGCCUGCGCCCGAGUUACCCUAGUGGCCGACGGGCAUGUAUUGGUGGUAGCGACACCGUGUGCGACACCAGUGCCGACGUGAGCAACAGCAGCAGUAGGAGGGAAAAAAUCGGCAGUGGCCACAGUGCGACAGCAAAAAGCAAGCAUGGCCGCCGGGCCCGGUGUGGUUGGCUAUCGGUAAGGUUUUUGGCAAACGGUUGCAGUGCAAAAAUGGCUCCAAUGGCCAUAGUUCGACCGUUCCCAAGUACGGUUUAGGUGAGUGAAGUGCGUGAAAAGCCUUUGUCCCGAUCCGAUACCGGAGAGUGCAGCUUUAGUGCGUGCGUGCCAGAGGCGUCACGGAUCACGGCGUAAAAAACGGGAGUUCUGUAGGGCGAAAAGCAAAAGAAAAAUCAAAAGAGUCUCACACACACCCUCAGAGCAGAAGGGUGAGCAGAAUUCUAAACAACCAACAUCGGAACCAGAACAGGUGCAGAAGUGAGAACCUUCGCUACAAGUGUGUUUUGUGUUGGGAAGCCGAAGAACUCCAACCGCGACCGAAUCGAUUCCGCAAACACCGGAUUCAAUAUCCUUGAAGCGGGCCAGGAUUUUUCACAUGCUAUUGUGUAACCGGAAGCUCGAGUGGACGGUAGGAGGGACAGUCAGGUGGGCAAGGUACGCCAGAACAUCCAGCACCAACAUCAUCAGCACCUGUUGGCAUGUGACAGAAGUGUUUUAUACACUGUACAGCUCCAAGGCACCUGCUCCUCAAAAUUAAACCUCUGCCGAGACUCCAAACGGUUCGACGCGCAUAAAGAAAAAGGUCGACUUCUACCAACCCGAUUUCCGGCCUAGCCGAGAACCAUUACCAAUAAAAGCGAGCUGGUAGCUUACUACCACUUACAAGCUACUUGUUGCAUGGGCUGUUGUCGUGAAUGCUUCCUGUCCGCACCUGCCCACAAUAAUUACUUCGCCGUCGUGUUGCCCUCUUGCAACCUUCCGGUCCUGUGCCUCGGCCGAGGAUUGUAACAAAAAAGAGACUCCUGCCCCAACGACACAAUAGCAUCGUAUCGCAGCAGCAUCGACAUCGUCGACGGCCCCGAAAAACCCGAAGGCAUCAUCGUUAGGUUUACCUAUUCCUCGGGUUUUACCGCCCCCGUUCCAGAGCCGCACAGUAACGGAACACACGAGUUUUUAAUGGUAAUGGUUGGGCACCCAAGAACACCCAUACACGUGCGCAACCCUUAGCAGAGAGGGUGGGGGAGUUGUUUAGUGUACAGCGCGAAUCGGGAUAUUAAGAUAUGUAUGUGAAAAAUUGACAACUAAGCGGGAAAAAAAACGUCGGAACCGGAAGCAGAAAGGUGUCCCCAAACAUGUAGCCACGCAUCGAGCAGAAUCGAGGACGAGACAACGAAAGCAAUAACCAUUCUGUGAGGAAUAAGAGAUGUAGAUGAUAUAAAAGAGAGAUAUAUAUAUAUUUUAGAAACGAUUCGGAAAAAAAAACUAGCGAAAGCGGAAACCCAAGUCAAUAUACUACAAACAGAACGGUGUUAAUUAGUAGUCGUACCAGAGAGCGUCAUCAACCAUCUGUAGCUGUAGGACUGUAGCUGAGUCAGCGGUGUAUAAGAAGGCCAUAUACAACGAUUCCCUGAGCUACAUACAUCGUAGUACUAAACAUACAUUUACUAGCACACUUGUAGUGUAUACAAAAAAAUUACUCCUAGCGCAGCCCCGAAGCAUCAAUUAGCCGUAGUGCUCUACCCAGCAAUAAGUACGCAGUCAGCACCAACCGGAAAGGGAAAGAGCGCGUUGUGAUAGGAAAGAUUUAUGCUGACGGCUAUCAGCAACCCUCCCCUCGGGAUAUUCGACGCCCUCACUCUCGCUCUGCUGCUGAAAGUGUCUCCCAAGUUCUAGUUGCUGGAUCAGCGGAAAAAAUAUUCCGACCCGACCCAAAAUCCCGACGUCACACUCUGUUUACUAGCCGAAUCUAUCUCUCUCUCUCUUUGGUGUGUGCGUCUGAGAGGGAACGAGAAACUUCUCAUCAAGCCUAUCGAACCGUGAAAGGAAUCGCUGCAAACGUCCAAAAUCAACAUCAUCAGCACCAUUUCAUCCCUGUGCGCCACCUGUGUCCCUCGCCUGUGCGUGUGCGCGCGUGUGUGUGUGUGUGUGGAAAGGACCUUUCUUCGAAAACUAGGGGCGUCAAACCGGAAAGCAUCCGAAGACCUGUGUGCGCGUGUGGGUGUGUGAGUCAAUGUUUGAAUACACCCUUAUGUGUGUGUGUGCGUGUUUCAAGUAAACAGACGUGCCACGAAGGCCACGAAGCCGUCCCUGGAAGAUUCGGAUCGUCGAAAGGAGAUGGAGUCCGCAGCAUAAACUCCCCCUGUACCAUCUCCUCCCGCCGGAUCACAGGCCUCGACAUUUGCCGUCCAUGCCCCUCUUCAACUUGCCUGUCCCCAACACCCCCACCCCCAUCAGAGUUUUCUAAUCGUUUGGCGAAACCAGUUCGUGCGCAUCGCCUUCGCCAUCCUUUCGGGUUUCGGGUUUUCGGGAAGCAGUGGAAGCAUAUUUCAUAAAUCCAACAAGUGUGUUUUUCCUGCUCGCGUACCCUGCGGGUGUCGUGGUUGGGUCGAGGCUCGCUUCCUUCGCGUUCGGUGGGGGGCAUGUGAAUAAUAGCCAAAACGGUGCUAGGUUGAGUUUUGGUCGUUUGUUUAAUACGAGCACACACAAAAAAGGAAGCCCCAACACAGUUUUGCGUGUAUGUGUGAGCGUGAAAGAUUCGAUGAUGGACGUGACUCAGCUCUGCCUGGUGCGAGUGAGAUGAAGACUGCUGGCCCAACGUUAAGCGCCACAAGGAAGGAUUAUCUGCGAGUGGUUCAAUAUUUGCGCCAAAAUGCAAAUUAAACUCUAGACUUGUUCGAAAACACGAUUGGUGGUGAUUCGAAACUGAUAAGCAAUACGAAUGGGAGUUGAGAAUUCCCAAAGAACUGUGGUUUAAUUAGAUACAAUAACGAUCGCUUGCGAGAAGGAAAAACAAAAGCCAACAAUGAACUGAACGAACUUCGGCGAACGAAGAACGAUCGAUCUGUAUUCCAUCCAAAAACACACACACACACACUCAAACACAGCUCGUAAGCCAACCAAGCCAUGCCUCGCUGUUACAUCGUGAAAAAGCAACAACCUCCGGCGAUGCCGGCGUACCGGAACCGAACCACGGUGGUAACAGCCACCGGCAACCAUCAUCAGCCACAGCAGCAACAGCAACAGCAACAUCAAACGGCCACCAGACAGGUGCUGGUGGUCAAUGGUAAAACGCUCAAGGAGCCGACCGAACGUACCACGGGCCGACCGGGCGGUCGAACCGGCGUGUUGGGUGGUACCAGUGCCUUGGGAAAUGUUAUUGUAAAAAACGGAAAAGCGGAACCGGCGGGCAGCAACAAUCUCGUGCUGCUGAACAGUGUCAGUGUCAUUAGCGGUGGUCCGGCCAGCGGUGGUGUGCUGGAGGUGGUGAACAAGCACGAGGGAGCUAACGGCGGGAAGCCCGUCGACAGUGUUGUGGGCAGUGUUAGUUUUACGGUGGCGAACGGUGGUACCAGCGGUGGAGCCGGCAGCAACGGUGGCACCGGGAUUGUACAGCGCAAGGACGACUCGAGUGGCCCGGUCAGUCCGACCGAGGGCUGCGUUGCGCCGAUCUAUUACACCAACAUUUCGGAAAGCAAGAGCGGUUUUACCAUACCUCUCAGCGACUUCCGGACAUUCAAAUGUGGGCCAAACAGCAACAACAACACCAAUAUAAUCAAUGUGAAGACCAACUCCUCCCGGCAUCUGUCGGUAAGUGCUUCCUCUUCUAGCGCCAGCAGCAGCAGCAGCAACACCCCGGACACAAACACCACUGCACCCGGUCCGAUCGUAACGAUUCGAGCGGCAGCCUCCGGCCCGGGUACGGCCACCUUCGCCACCAACAACGGCCACCAGCUGCUCGCAUCGAUAGGCGCAAAAUCUGGCCGUAAUAAUCCUAAUUACGGCCCCACCAGUAACAAUAAUGGGCCGAACCGUUGCGAUGGCACCGGGGUCGACCAGCUGCCCAGCACAGCACAAGCUCCCUCGCCGCCGGGCAGCUCCGGUGCGUCCACGGCGAAACCAGCGCCUACCUCGACGGCGCGGGCUACGCUAAUUUAUGCCGAAGCUUCCCCGUUUGCGGCGGCGGCCGCUGCAGCUCAAGUGUCCGAUAAGAGGCUAGAUAAAUCAUCGCACGUUUCAUCGUACCACAAGACCGUAACGGCCACGACAACAGGUCGGCAGCAGCCAUCGCUACUGCUGCAAACUCACGCCACGCAGCAACAGCAUCGUCCGGAGCAACAGUCAAGUGCCGCCAUUUUCCAGCCCCAGCAAACACCAGCGCCACCCCCGACGACACAGUCCUCGCCCGGCUACGAUACCACAGCGGCCAUAUUUCGCGAUCGCAGCAUAGAAGAAACGGAAGCCGCACAUGAUUUAUUGUCACUGUCGCAGAGCUUACCGCCGCUGACGGCGCCCUGUGUCGUUACGAUUCUGCAUCCUUCGGGCGGUUCUGCAUCGGCGGACCCGUUGCCCCUACCGGACCCAACCACUUCGGUGCUGCGUUCCAACACCCUGCCCAAUGGUGCACAAAAUCAUCAGCAGCAGAGCUCGACUGGCCCGGGCGGCAUCAUCAGCAUCGUGGAGGCGGCAUCGGCAGCUAAUUACCAGUGUCCGCCCGGAUCGGGUCCAAUCUCGAUGAUAAUACCCUGCUACGAGCUCACGACAACGAUGUCCACCUCGGCGCACAGCGACGGUGAAAGCGCAACAACGAUAAAAACCAUCUCGCCCUCGCCCACUGGUCCGCUGACACCUCCCACGUCCGAACACUCGUCCGACACGGAAUGCUCCGGUAGCUCCAUUUCGCCCGGCACCUCCUCGUCCUCGUCCUCUUCGUCCUGCUCGGCCUCGAGCGUGUUUUCCUUCGUACGCUCAAGUUCCUCGUCAAUCUCUUCCAAAUAUUCGCCAUCACGCUCAUCGUCAAACUGUACGCCACCGGCAACGGAAACCGCCAACAGUACACCGAUCGGCCGCAGAAUUGCCCGUCGGUUGCACAUACAACCAUCCACCAGCUCCGUCACGUCGGUGAUUGUUAAUGGAUCAACACUUUCCUCCAGCACGGCGGCAUCAGCCACGGUAACACGUAAGCACAAAUCUUCCACACCGGCGUGCGGUCAACCGGCGGCCAAGCUUUCCGGGACCGCCAGUUCCAGCUCCAGCAAGGUUGUUGUCGCCGUACCCGGGCAAAAGGUGUCGAGCAGUAAGACGGCCGAGCUGUACACCUAUGACGAUCUUAUCUCUAGUGAUGGACGAUCGAAGAAUCGUAAGAAGGCUUCCAAGGAUACGGCGCAGGCUCAGACAGCAGCCGGCUCUGCAUCCACCAACUCCUCCAAACCGAGCCAACGGUCUCCGGCGGCCUCGAAAGCGGACAGAUCAGACCUCCACACAGCUGACUGCGAUUCGGCCGGCGAGUCGGCGAGCACUGCGAACGGUAGCUCCAAUGGGAAGGGCAAGUACAAGUGUCCCGAGUGUGGCAAGCAGUACGCUACCUCGAGCAAUCUCUCGCGCCACAAGCAAACGCACCGCAGUCUGGACUCUCAGUCUGCGAAGAAGUGUGUGACCUGCGGCAAGGCGUACGUCUCCAUGCCGGCCCUGGCAAUGCAUCUGCUAACACACAAACUAUCGCACAGUUGUGGCGUGUGUGGUAAGCUCUUCUCCAGGCCCUGGCUGCUGCAGGGCCACCUUCGAUCGCACACGGGCGAAAAGCCGUACGGCUGUGGGCACUGCGGUAAAGCGUUUGCGGAUCGGUCGAACCUGCGAGCCCACAUGCAAACGCACUCCACGGACAAAAACUUCGAGUGCAACCGGUGCCACAAAACGUUCGCGCUCAAGUCGUACCUCAACAAGCAUCUGGAGUCGGCCUGCUACAAGGAUGACGAUCCGAACGGGAACCCGUCCGGCGAACACUCGCCCAUCACGAUGAUCGGUGGCCGGAAGAUCUUCCACAGCAGCCAGGACAUUGAUCGCGACGAGUACGCGAUGCGUAUGGCAAGCGGGCGGCAGAACUUCCACAACGAUGACAGCUGCUCCACCACCACGAUCGAUGUGGUUACGGCCGAUCCGGGGGAUGACGACGAUGAAGAAGAUAUCGAUAUCAUAACGACGUAAUGGACGUCACCAUUACGACGGACACUAUCAUCUCUGUGUCCCGUGAAUCUCUGUGUCUGAUUCUUCCUUUUCCAAUCUAUUUUUCGUUCUGUUUAUACUCCUUUUUUAUGUUUUACCUUGAACGACAGCAUCGCAAAAAAACAGGCUCGUCUUCCAUGUGCUUAUCACUUUUUUACAACCUAUCGCUCUCUCCAUUUGGUAACCUGACCCACAGGAAACCGACUCCCAAAACCGAACCUUCAACCCUCCAAAUUACUGUCAUCCGCCAGCGUCGGAUCGGAACACUGUACCGGAAAUGUCAGAACUCGUUUCCGUGCUGGUUUACCCGCUCCGCACGCGCUCCGGCCUCCUCCUGCCGUGGCCACAGGAAAUUGACAGAAAUCUAAAAUUGCUACUCGGCACAAAACUUUGCCUCCCCGCCGAUCUCUGGGUGUUCGGUAGCCGACGACAAGAGACAGGUGUGAAAAAUUAAACGUUUCCAGUACUGUGGCUGUGGAGUUGAUUCACUGGAAAAGCGGAAAUUAGUUGGAUUUGCAAAUCCGGCUGUCGCUUGCAGUCGGUGGUUUCGUUGGUAGCGCAGGCCCCAAAUGGAAAUUUAAUAUCUUGUGAUACAUGGCCAAGUUUGACGGGGCGCUUAGUAAUCCUUGUUAGUGCUAGCACAUGGCUAUCUGUUUACAUAAAUAGGUCAACCGCUUCGCUUCAAUAGGAACAUUCCAUCAGGCUGCUACUACUAAAAAUGGCUUGGCUCCAGGUUACUAUAGAGCUUCCUGGAAGAGAAAAACUAAUCAACCAAACGAAAGACUUGAAAACUUGAAUAACUUAGUUCUAAAUUACAACAAAUUGAAGAAUUUGCAUGGAACGUUCGCGCCGUUGACUUGCCGCUGUGAGUGAAAGAGAGAUUCACACCAUGCCAUACCAUAAAAAAAAAAGGCGGCACAGGAAUGACAUUCCAUUUGCGAACGAACGAGAGCGCUCACAGAGAGGCUCGGAGGCACCGGGGAAGGCGCGCACAUUGAUGAAAAGUAAUUUCGAAAGAAAAUAAAUUACUUUUAAAUGAUGACUCAUUGCCGUCGGUGGCACCGAUACGCGGGCCCAGACCCCACGCCAUAUCACAGCAAAACCACGUUGCGCACCGGAAGCGGACGCGCUAGUGGCGCUCAAUUUAGCGCGUUCAUUUGUGCUCUGAAAGGUGGGCGCGCGAUUUGUCCUAAAGUCUGUGUAUGUGUGUCUAGAGCUCGAUAGAGAAGACGUUCAUUAGAGGAGAAGGUUUUGAUAUUUUUUCCCUUCUUGUUGUUGUUGUCCCCGGCCAAGCCACGACCAUGAGCCAACUUGAGCGGAAUGCCAAACAACAACCUAGUUCUACGCAUUACCCGCUAGAGGGCCGGAGGCAAAGGCACGAGGGCGAUUUAUCGAAGAACGCUUCCUAUUUUGGAGCACACUUCCGAGAACAAAACCUUCCAACGUAACGCGAAACAUCCACACGCUUUUACAAAGUAGCAAACAACAGUACACAAAAAAACCUCCCAGCUUUUUUUCCCUCCCUUCCAUCACCGGAACUAGCACCUACGUCUAGUCCAACGACGCCCUCGCGAGUCUUGCCCGCGAGGUUAAGACGAGGCGGCGGUUUGGAACGGCGACAUUCUAAACUAGCUCACUUCCUGCUUCACUCCACAAGCUCCUUCCUUCUCCUCGUUCGCCUUCGAUGAUGGUAAUGAUGAUGAUGAUAAGGACGAAAAUGGCGCAACAGGAUGUAGUAGCGCGCGUUCGCACCGUUCGAGCACACCCAAGCUCCAACUGUAUUUGACAACGUAACGAGCGACUGCUUUAGCACAAGCCAGCCAGCCAGCCAGCCAGUCAGUUUAUUAAUGGAUCCCCACCCAUCGUGGAGUCCUUUUGUGCGGGACCACCCAGUCUGAAGAUAGAACCGGCUCCGUGCAAUGAAUCCUCUCAAAUGUUUUCCAUCAAAGAAUGGUUUAGUUUUGGUUUCCGUUUUUUGUCACGGAUUUCUCGGCAUUUUUUUUUUUUUUGUUUGGUGCCCUAGCAAAUGUCCCUUCGGGAGUGUCUCCAUUAGGUCCAUCCAUCGCCCGCCUGCCACGAUACGAUCCGGGGCUCCCUAUCUAUCGAUCUUGCGACAGUCAAUUUCGUUUGAAAAAUUGCGUUAUUGGAAAUUGAUGACUUCUCGGCCGGCAACUGACAACCGGAAUUUGUUUCGCGCGGUUGCGUCAUUUCGUGUGGUGUGAUUUGUGGCGAUCGGUACAGGGGCGUACUUGAAUAGGUGACAAUUUUUGUUAGUAAUCAAUGCAUCUGAGCUAAUAUCUUUCCCCAAACAAAUUGAAAAAAACUGUAUUGGAACAUUUUGGGGAAAAUAGACGACCAACAUAUCUAUCUCUCUUCCUCUCGAAAAAUCUUUUCCAGCCGUGGAAAUGUGUUUAUUGGCAAAGCAAUAAAUCGCGCGUCCAAUUUUUACUACGCUGGUCAAGUCAUCAGCCGGCUACAUAAAAAUUCAUACCAUGUAGACUUGGGUCAGGAAAAUGACGUGCCACUAGAAGAAGAAAAAAAAGUACGAAGCCCACUGGACCACUCUCUGCAACUUCCAGCUCGAUAAUGACACUUUCCAUCAAUCUUCACUACUUUACGUCAAACAGUUGGCCGAAAGGUUCAAAUUUGGCAACAACAAAAAAGCGACGUAUCCUAACAGUGAAACGAGCGAUCAAAACACACUCCACGUCCCGGCAAAAUAUCGAACCCUCAGAUCGUGUUGCUUGUGGCGUCUAGCGUCUAGCGACGAAACGAUCGACAAGGUUAAAGGCUUCACUAUCAGGACACGAUAGAGAGCAGCAUCGACACACACACACACACAGCUCACUCAAAACGCUAUCAUUUCCACUGGCUUCCGGUGUGCUCGGUGUUCCAGCUUACUAUCAGGACCUGCGUAUCUUCGUCAAACCUUCCAGCGGUGUAAAAUCAUUAUCAAUCUUCAUUACCCAAGCGAGCGGAUGCCUUUAGGUACGCUCCCACUUCAAUCACUUUUUUUUUCGUUGUUUUCCCUUUUUUUAAAAAAGAUUUUCCCCAAAUUUUCCAACAACAAAUAAACAAGCGUCUCCCCUGACUUAACUUCGCCUUCUUCAUCGACGUCAUCUCCGCCAGGUACGGCUGAAAGUACAAAUUACGGGGAGCAAUAUACUGACCACAGACAAACCCGGAAAUGGGCAACACUGGAAGGGUUGAACAAAAAAAGUGUCGCAAAAGUAUUGUGUUUUGCUAUCGCAAAUGUCAAUUAUUUUAUAGAAAGUAUUUUGUUUCGAUUUUUUAAACAUGCCCAACACACGAGAUGAUAAGAGGUGUGGUACUACAUUGCAUAGCAAAUGACAGCGACUAACAAACUAACGAGCGGAACUGUCAAAAUGACAGAUCGCAAAUCGAGGAAAAAACAGAACAGAACGGUGGUAGCUAAAUGUGGCAGUAGCGGUGCGAGUAUAGCAAAAUGGUGAUUCGAUUUCAGAGCAAUAUAGGCGUAAUGACGGGUGCUGGCAGACAGGGGGCAAAACACGCCCAUUUUGUCAACACACACACAAAAACUCAUACAAAAUUUGAAUGAAAAGCAAUACACAGCUGGAUGGCUGAAAACAAAAUGGUUGUUAAAUGAAAACAAACUACUACUAUCUACUAUCAAUCUACCGACAUCAAUUGGUGUCCCCGUGUGCGAAGGGUUUGUCCGUAGGAUGAAAAGGGGACAGGACAUAAAACACACACUCAUUCUUCCAGUAAAGUAGCGCGUUUGGUAAACUUUUCUACUAGAGAAAGCAAAACACACAUAAGGAAAAGAAGGUGGGAGAAACAAAGAAACAAGAAAUACUUACUAUACUAUAGAUUUAUUUAGCGCAUUUAUAGAACGUAGGAACUGCACUUGGGCUGCAUCUGUUGCGAGGAUCGCCGGGGUUUGCUUUAGAUUUUUUGACAUUAUCGAAAAACCAACACAAAUUAUAAAAGGGGCCCGUAACCGCGCCCGUUAGAUUGUUAUUCGAAAUUAUGAAUCGCUUGGGUUAGGGCAAAAUGGAAAUUUAACUUUUUUUCCCUUUCCUAAUGCAGCUGCAUUUCUUCUUCUUGCAUAACAACAGAGCAAAAAACAAAGGCAAAUGAAAGUGGAGCGAGCGAGUUCGCGAGGCCCAGUGUGUAUAAGCAGCCAGACAUUAAUGAUAAGAACAGUAACGCAAAGAAAAAAAACACAUGCAAACCAGAGUGAUCAAAAACCCAAGAUAUAAAAAGCGAAAUUCUGCAAAAAAAAAUAACGAUAUACAGAUGCGAAAUUAUAUAUACACUUAUUUUAAGUAAGCAAUGUAGAAUGUAAGCGUAGCAAUGCGUAGCGUAAGCGUAAGAUAAGUACACCUACAAAGCGGCAAAACAAAAUGAGCGAACGGGAAAAAAAAACAAGCAAUACAAUUUGAAAGCAAUCUAUAACGCGAUAAAAAUGGUAUAAAAAAUACACUCACACACAUACAAUGAAAUGAAAUGUAUAAGCAAUACCUAAGUAAACCAAUCAAGCAACGAACGAAACGGGAAAAAACACAAAAACACACACAAAGAGCAAAAGUCCAUUACGGUUGCAGUUGUAAGGGCAGUGUGACCUGUGUACACGCGAGGUACCAUGGACCAUCCAAAAUCAAAAUUAAAAAUACAACAACGGACUUACAUGGUUGGUGUGCCAGGUGUGCACCCAGCCCGAGCUCCCGCAAAAAAACGAAAGUCCUACAAACACCAAUGCUCCGUUGGGUGGGAAUGUUUUACACUACAAACUAGAAGAAGAAAAAAAACAAGAACGGCACUAGAUUUGCCUGCACAUUGUGCACAUUUCGCUUUAAUGCUGGAAGCGGUGCAGUGGGGGGAAAAUCCCCUGGGAAACGCUUGACAGACAGCGGAGCAGUGAUUUUUGAGCGAGUGCUAGUCGUAGUAUGUAAGCUGUAGAUAAUUUCACGCGUCACACCACAAUAAGUAGCGUCUACUUAUUAAGCGUAAGCCGGCUAAGGAAAGGACAACACAACAGAAUAACUUCGGCGAUCGUCCUCGCUCGGUGUGGGUACGAGAAGUUGCAAGUGUUUUGUUUUGUGAUGAUUUGGAAAUGCGUGUGCAUUGUGUUAAUAAGUGUGGGAGUGAGACUGCUAUUAUUUUCGGAUGAUCGAUUUGAAGGUUAGACAGAAAAGUUUGAGCAUGCUGAGGGCUAAGGGCAAAGUUUCGCAAACCCUGCAUCAGUGAUCGUACAAUUGGUGAGUGUUCUGCAAUAGAUGUUUUCCACUAGCUAUUAUUUAUUUUAUUCUUCCAAUAAUUUUCUUACAGUGCUUGAACUUCAAACGGUCUUAGACUGCCAUUUUUGACUUCCUUAAUUUGAUUUACCUUUAAUUGGAUGAUCACUCUAGUUCAGUUUUCCUCGUGAGCCUUGUACUAUGCAAAACGCUUGACAUUUCAUCUCGAGAAUGUAAAGAAAUCACCUUCAUCGUGGUUAAAGAUUUAUAAAUAAGUCAAGAAAACAAGAUGAGACACAUUUAAAAUUGACCCGCUUCUUAUAACUGACACUGCGACCACAGGAGGUCCUUGCUUGCUCCAAAUAUUAUUUACCCUAAGUUGGGUAAUCAGCAUAGCCAGUGAAAUUUAACUUUAAACCCUUUAUUUAAGCACAUAGAAACUUUCUCGGUUGCAUACUUUCAGGCGUAGCAGAUGCAACAUAUUGGUUAUUAAUAAUGUAGCCCGUAAAGUUAUCCUUAAGGCUUUCUAUCGAAACACAUAGAAAGUCCCAUGUAAUCGCUAGCUUACAGAUAUCCUUUGCGUUGAAACCAUCCUGAAAGAUCCUAUAUUUCUGAGUUGCAUACAUUCAGGCGCUCCAGAGUUAAAAUAUUUUUCACUAGCGAAAAGAUUAGUUUCAAGCGCAAAGCUCUUGAACAAUUUCGAAAAAUCUAUGGUUGGAAGUAGAAAUUUUCAAGAACUACCAUACUUAUCAUUCUCAUCAUCAGCGAUCAUCCUCGAGACUAAAUCUUAUUCGUUUUUCAACCAACGAAUCGUUCUCCUAAUGUCUCGCGUUACAACCAUUUGAACGCGUAAAUAGGCCACGGGAUGUGUGCAUUGUGCUUCGAUCAAUUAGCAAAACGAACCGGGCCUGUCAGCAUUCUUUCGCUUCACGCUUUCACACAAAUAGCUACAAAAUUUACAAUUGCUCUGCAGACUGAAGCCUGCUCUCUACCCCGUAGCUAACCACACAGCCCACCAUGCCGACUAAUGAGCCCGUUGUUGCAUUUCGAGAGUCCGCUCGUCAACUGCCGGACACAUGGACACAGCCGGUGAGUGUAUUUUAAUUCAAUCACACUCCAUUUCCCGACUUCCUUCCGGAGAGUCCUGCCCCGUGGUUGACCCCGUGGUGGACAAACGGGGUCUACAAAUUCCAGCCAUCGGUGCACACUUUUCACACAUGGCACGGUGCGCGGUAAUGACAAAUGAUUCACUACAACCAAACCUGUAAUUGCAACCGCACACGCAACACAUGCGAUAAAUUGGUUCACCGGUGUUGCUUUGGUGUGGAGCUAGUGCGUAAUGUAAGUAGUUGGUCGUUCAUUAAUUAAAUCACACUUUGCUCGGAAGGUGUGACCUCUAGCUUCUAAACGAUUCUACUCUAGUGUUGAUAUGCAGUCAUGGAGACUUAGGUUCAAGUUUUAUUUCCUUAAUGUCACUGCUCAAAACAAAACUAUCCAUUCCGUACGUGAAAGCUUGACACACCUCCGGCAGUUGGAUGGUAAAAUGCAAUCACGAUCUCACUUAACAACACCAGGAUCCGACAUUGUGUCACUGGCAGAUGAUAAAUUUUUGUAUCACACCCAUUAUCGCCUGACCGAUAAGAUUAACUUCCAUCGCAACCCGGCUCGGUUCGGAAGGGCACGAUUGAUUGCCUGAACAAAAACGGGGAGUCAAUUCACUUACCCAGUUCGGUUCGAUCAUCCCUUGUUUCAAGCUAUAUCUAUAUAAGCUCUACUUCGAAAAAAAAAUGUCGCUUUGGGGGCUGUACCGAAAUCAAUCUCAGUCCUUAGGAACUUGCGGUAGAUUUCGCCGAAAACAGAGCGAAAAAAGGCUUGCCAUCCUGACUCCUGAAAAUUAUGCCCCACUAAUGGGAUGGGAUUUUUAAAAGACUCGCAGUACACCGAGUGCUCCUGUAACGCCCCAACCUAGACACCAACCGAACAGCAACAACGAAAAAAUAAAAGACAAACGCUCCAUAAUCAAUGAUCACGAUUGGGCAAGCGACAUGUGCGUGCGUGUGACACCGACAUCGAACGACCGUGACCUGCCGCAUAAUCGUGAUAUCAGGCAGCCACCAGAGGACCGACUGGACUGGAUUCCGAAAUAAGGCGAUAAGAAUAAAUUUUAACCCAUCCAUUCCCUGGGCCGGUCGGUCGGAAUCCCGGUGACGCUGGCGUGACGCACUCAUGAAAAACGAAUGAAAAAUGGAUGAGCAUUUUUCUUUGUGCGUUGGGUUUUUUUUGCUUUUUUUCUUGCUGUAUUCGGUUCAUCCUCGCCAUCUUUGCCGGCGGCCAUUAUUCCGGUGUCUGCAAUUGAUAACUUGCUCGGUUCGGAAGCUGCGAUUGCAACCGAUAGUGCGAGCGCAUCGUAUCGGGCUGAAUGGCAGUGACACAGCCCAUGGUUCCAUGGUGAAAAACCCAGCCACCACAUCAGCGUUUCUCGCUGAUAAAAACUGCUAGGGACCCGUACCGUGGUGGUGGUGGGUAGGGGCCGCUCAAAAUGGCCGCUCGCAUCAUCCAUCUAGUGCCGUGGUUCUGGGUGAAAUUGAAUCAUCAUUUUAUCUAAAAUAUUAUCUAAACUGAAUUCAAUUUCCGAUCGAAUUUAUAACUUCGCUUUUACUUUGCGGUUUUGCACCCGUGACCCGUGGUCAUCGUGGUCAGAGCGUGUACGUUCAUGGUGCUGAUGAUGGCGUCGUCCUUCCAGUAGUGUUCUCCCACACUACUCAUCGAAGCGCGCCAUCGAUCGAGGCUUUGCUAAAUUGAUUCUGUUGCCUCUGUUGCUGAUGCUACUCGGCGCUUCAACGUACAUACGACGAAUCAAUAAGCACCUAGCUCCGGGGGACUUGUUGUCGGUUCGAUUUAAAAUUCCUAGAAGCAGACCACUAGCGCCACUCUCGAACUGCUUGUCGACAGACACUGGAUGGACUGUGUGAAGUACGACUUACAACUGUGAAACACUAUUCGGAAGUUGGAAAAAAUCCCCCCGAUAUCACUCUGUUGUGUAGUUGUUCGGAACCGCUAGUGCGAUUAUCGAACCAUUCUUCUUCAGACAGCGGUUAAAGCUCAUCCAAUGGACGAGGUCAUAGUGUGGCAACAACUAGGAAAAAAAAAACCGGUCAACUCCUCUCGUAAGGAAACAUCCCAUUUUACACCCCAUUCGAAGUCCAUUUGGAGCGAUUUAAUAUGCUCCGCAUCGGCUGCAAAGUUCUCCAAUAUUCGUACGACCCACGACAAUGGUCGCGGGCGACUGAGCCGCACUGUUCCGCAGCUUGUUGAAUUUUAUUAUCCACCAUUGACCACGGACAACGCCGGCACUAAGCGGUUUCAAAUCCACCGGCCAACAAGGACACCUUCCAAAACCGGGAUGUACCCGGCGCUAGGGUUGAAGCAUCGUUGAAGUCACCGGAAUGAUGCCUUCGGGAAGGUAGUUUUUUUUUCGUUCGACUUUACCCCGUAAGGCCACCGUAAUGGAUGAGAUGACGCGGGACGGUAAAAACGACGCUUCGAAUAUGGCUUUUUUUAUUGCCGAACGGAUUUAACGCACCGGUCCAGUUGGUCGCGGUGGUCGAAGUUCAAGACGCCAUCAUUAACACACUCCAGGAGACCGUAAAGUGUUGGUUGCAUGGGUGUAAAGUCGCACCGUAUGACCUUACUACAACCCAAUCCUGCAAGUUUACACUGUUUUAUGGUUAUUGAUUGUUUGUACUCUUUUGAGAGUGUUUUUUGGUGAGUAUCGUAGAGCUGCUCUGAAGCCUCUGGAUAUACGAUCUAAAAAGAAAUGGAGCUGCGGAUAAGGAUCCUUUCGGUAGAAAUAGGAAUAGUAACGACUUUCUGGCAGGGGAUGCAAUUGAUUCCUCGUUUGCUGUGAAAGGUGAUUUCUUUGCAUAUAUUUUGUCAUGUUCUGUAUUUUAACAGUUAGUUGAGUUGAGCAAGAGAAUUCCUGCCGAUUCUGAGAGUUCUGCUACACCAUAGGCUUGUUCCUAUAAAAGCAUGCAUAAUUUUCCCUGAAACAAUGCUAUCAGAAUGUCCUAUUUUCGUUUAAUUAUAAAUAAACAAUAUUUUCUUUUUAUUUAUUUGAUUUAUUUAAUGCUUGCACAAAUUGUUGUGUUGCCAUGUGUUACUGCUAAGAUCAAAGUAACCUGCGUUGCGUUUUGCAUACCUUUCGGCGUUUUCCGAACCGUUAUAUUCAAAUAGUGUCAGCGGUAGUUUAACGAUAGCUGCGUCGAGUUUUAAUUCUUCCCUUCAGACUCAGAGCCAUCCAUCUUGCUCAGAUUUCUUCAGAUAAAAGAGCCAAAACAAAAAGCUAUAUUACAAUCCCUUACUCAAACAAAUUUACUGUUUAACCGCCUGUCCGUACAGUUGUACAGCAUACAAUUCAUUCCAUAUUUAAACUACAAACUUUUACCGAUAAAACUCUCAUAGCCGAAAAGCGAACCCAUUAUUCUCUAAUCACAAAUAGUUCAUUUUCAUCUGGGACUUACUUUAAAUCUACCAUCAAACAUUAGCUACUCACACCUCCACAACUUUUUCGCAGAUCCUCCGACAUCCGCUACUCGAAACUGACACACGGAACGAAACCAAAUGCCCCCAAACCGUCCAACAGGAUGCUGGCGUGAAAAAUCGUGAAGUCUGACACCGCGCUCUUUACGCACAAAACCGAAACGGAAAACCCCAAAAAAAAACUUUAAAAAAAGUUCGAUUAAUGUUCGCUCCAGCGGGUUCAGGCGGGUUGUAAAAGUCAUUAAAAUUCAUGGUACUUCGCCUCGGGAGGGCAAUUCGGAAACCCCGUGCCGUGGUUUUUCGGCCCCGAAGUUCGCGUUUGUUGUCUGGAAGUGUUGUUUUCAUUUUCAUCCUCCACACCGUGCGGCAGCUUUGCUGCGCAGUUCGACCUCAGCUCGUCCCGGUGCUGCGAUAGUGCAAAACUCAAACUGCAAACAAACAAAAAUUGCGCCAAAGCUCCCGUUUAAACGGACCAUGGCCACGGAAUGGGUUACGGUUCAUUUACCGUCCACCAUUGGCCCCUUUUCACUCACGCUGGAUCGUGUUUUGUUGAUGAAGCUGCACGGUGGAGAAGCCCGAAAAGGCGUCGGCAAAAUUGCCGUUGCCCUUUUACCAGCCCCGAAAAACAUUGUCAACCGAAAGUGAAUCGCUUUGUGACUUUCCUUCUUUUUUUUUUUUGGGGAACGGGCAGACUCUCCUCUGUGGCACAUUUCAUGCCAAAGCAUUUUCUUCUCUUCUAUCUCUUGCAGUCGCUUGUUCACUUAAGCACAUUCAUGGAUGAAGUGUGGCGAAUCGUUUGCACCCGCCGCUCUAUCGCUAGCCCAAUGGUGCAACGAAUGCUUUUUCUUUAAAUUCAAUUAAAAAUAAUUACAUAAUUUCAAACCCAUUCAGCAUUUGGGCGGGGGGCAGACGGGCAGCCGACAGCAACAUUACCACCCUACCGUCAGCAGGGGAAAAUUGCGAUUUUAUAAUGAACAAAAGAAAUGAUUCUAUUUCCAAUUGCAACCGGGCGGGAUGGACGAGUCCCUGAGCGAGAGAAAGAUAGAGUGAGAGCUAAGACCAGAACAAAAGAGUUCUGGGAAAGAAAAACGCUCGAUUUUCAAUUUCCCGCUUUGCUAGAGCUUGCCUCUAAUGGUAGAAAAGUGGCGAGAAAGCAAGCGCACGUCGACAAGUGUCAGCUGGUGAACAAGUGCCACGGCUGAAUGCAGCAUCACCCCACCACGCUCGGUUUCCCAGCAUCCACGGGAAAAACUGCAACCGAAGUAGCUUCUUUAGGGUAGUAUUGUUUCUUCUUCCUGUCGCUGGGCAAGAAUCAGGACUCACAUCACGACGGAAGACGCACACACGCCGAGCUCAACUGGAGUAGCUGAACCGAGACCGUGCGGACCAAUGUGAUAAGAAGGGGGGAAAAAGACAAAAAAAAAAUGUCGCUCAAAUCUCGCACACUAUAGUGGCCACCAUUGUUGUGGUGACGGUUUGCUGAUGGAAAUGAGGAUAACAAUGGACGGCUACGGUUGGGGAGUUGGAGCUAAGCGAGUAUAAAAAACUGUCUCAGUUUAGGGUGCAGCGUGUGAGAGACUUGAGGGGUUUUCUUGUGUCUACCAACAGGAUCAUAUGGUCAUCUACUCUGAAAAAGAGGAACGUAUUUAAAGGCCCUCGGAACACUAUUUAUUCAUACUUGAUUUUCUUAUCCAUAAUGCUAACUCUCACACUAAAUUUAUCUUAAACUUAAACAAAUCUUAACACCGUACAAUUGAAACACUCACCCCAGGGCAGGUGGGAACGCCAUAGUUCCAUCGGCAUAACUUUGCCUCAUUUGCCUUUGCUUCAUACCAGCUUAGUGCACGUGUGACAGCCGCACGGAAGAUGAUGGCACAAACUUUGCAUUGCGCUUCAAAACUAUCAAAAACGGCUAGGGCGUCGAGACGUUUCGGAAUUAGUUUCGGUCCGGUGAGUCUCGGAAGCGAAGGAUGCCCCCAGCACAAAAAGCUCUGCUGAAUGAAGAGAGCCUUUCAAAAACUCUGCCAACAAGCGCCUGGGCCGACUUAAAAUGUGUGAAAACCUGUCGCACACUAGACAGAACACACACAGUAGGUUUGACAGUAGGGCGCAUAACUGCUGCCACCACACAUACCAGCCGUGGAACUAAUCUAGCGUGGCUAAAUAGUUGCAUAAGUGAACGCUUCCACCAAGGUCGAGUGUGUGAGGCUUGUGAGUGGGAUCGUGGAACAGAUUUGGAGAGCAAAGGACCCCUCCCUCUCUCUCUCUCUCUCCAUUUUGACCAUCCUGGACAAACUGUUGCCAUAAUACGAUAGAUGGCGCUGUAGUGCGCAACAGUGUACGUGGCAGCACGGCCACGUCAAUGGAAGCGGCACUUGUUGUUUCUAGCCAAGCACACUUUAAACAAGCGGUCUCCGCCAUUCGUUAGAGAUGUUCUUCACAUGAAAGUUCUCCCAGCGCUUCCCACCGGACUACGUCGAGCACGACAGAAAGGACGACAGUUCGAGUUGAGAACACUACGCCGUUGCCACCGUUGACCUUAUUCGUUGUGCCCACGAAUGCGGGCUACCGAAACUGGGUGAACUUGUAGUGUCAUUUCCCAGUGAUCUAAUCAGAGGCAGAAACGAGACACCAUUCCCCCACAGCUUUGGCAGUAAUUUAAUGGUUAAACAAAAAAUAUUGUUUCUUUAAAGAUUUAAUUAGAAAACUGGGGCUGAGAAAACGGUACCUAUUUGGGCGGAGUGAUAAUUACGACGACUCAACGGCUUUCGGCAGUUGUAAAAUGGCAUUAACUGGGGCAGCCUAAACUUUAUUUGAAGAAUAAAGUAUGUCGUUUUUCUGCUGGGUUUAAUUCGUUUGGUGUUACUUUUGGAUCGUGCAGGGCGUUCGGACAAGGCGGCAAUUUGUAUGGAUACUCGUAUUUAACUAACGAAUAACGAUACUUGACACUGUGCCGAAAAGCUGUUGACAUCGGGAAGCAACAGUAACAUCGAUCUAUGCCAUCCCCGGCGAAGUCACCUUCGCAAUGCAAAAUGGGUGUAAUAAAUUUGAAUUCAAAUAAUAUUACUGUCUGCAUCUAUUGAAUCCUCUUUCUAGGGAAAGCUUUCUCCUUGCAAAAUGGAUUUUUUGCUUGCAAAGCAUUUAAGAUGAUGGACACUUGUGGGACACUUUAAGAUGUCGAAAUAUCCCAAUUUUUAGCAUAUGUUUCAAUAAUUUCCUUUUUUAUUAGCAAAAUUUUAAUUUCAUCUCUUUUAAUUACAACAAAUCAAGCUACAAUUUUAUAUGAUAAGCUUCGUACAAUUCAAAUGACUGCGCCCUCUGGUGGAAAUUUUACGUAGUGCGUCAUCUACAGGAUAUUUUGUGUACCUCACACCAAUUGUACGACCUACUAAGAUGCGGAUUGUCGCAAAAAACGGAAAAGCAACUUUCCAGCAAUUGAUCAGCAAAAGUAAAUUAUUAAGAAAAGUACUUAAAAAUUUCAGUAACCUGUACCCGAAAAGCAAUAAGCAAAGCGUGAAGAGAUUUAAAAAGAAAAAAGCCUAUUAAUUAUACCCGGAUCAAUUAGCGCGUUACGCUUCGAGUUAGUGAUUAGUGCAGUUGUAGGAACGAAAAAAAAACAAACAAUGCAGCUAAGCUUAAGGUAGUGUAAUGCAGUCAGUGAUGCCAUCUCAUCCAUGUACGCAACAUAUCAUAACUGGACAAUACGUUCAUUUUUUUUUCUCACAACAACCAAAAACGAAAAAAAAACAAAGCUCUUAAUCUUAAUCCUACUCUACAGACGCCAACGGUCGCGAUAUAUAGCGAUAUGGGGGCCGAUAGUAACGUCUCAAUUAUCUCCACUACUCAAUUAGUAUCAACUCUAGAAACACACGUCAAUACACGCUUACCUGCUAGCAGGCUAGUGAAGAAUAAUAUGGGGAGGGAGGCUGAGCAUCUUCAAGCAAACCGAGUAAUAAGUUAAAUUAAACAACGAAUAACAUACGCCGAAAGAAUGCCGUGUAACGAAAGGUGGAAGGGUGUUUCCUUGGUAGUAAAUGCAAGUUGGCGCAAUUUUCCUAGCACGCUGGAACGUUGGAGGUAGGUAAAGUUUUCCUACCAAAUGCAAGCCAAAACUUUUCCCGUGCUGUUUUUCUUUUGCUCUCUCUCUCUCUCUCUCUGUGUCCUUAGCAUGCACAUAAGAACAUUAAGAUUUUCAGUUCCCCAUCAGCAAUGUUAGCAUUAUUUUACACUUUGCGUCCAAGAACAAAACAGAUUCAGCGUCGGGGAACACUUCUUUUUUUAUAUCUUCCUCUGUUUUUUCCCCCUUGGAUGAAGUUUACAUUUAUCUACGAUAAGCAAGCAGCGUACACGAUGAUGUUGCACUACUUACAACUAGUGCCACCUUUUGAUUUCCCAUUGCUGACGAAGCACUUCACACUGGGUGUUGCAAUUGCAUGCUCCUUCUCUCUCUCUCUCGCUAUGUUUGCACUCCAAUGCAGGAAGGGAUUUUUGCUUGUACCCUGCCAGUCGAAACUCACAUUUGAUGAAGCACCCUGAAGCUUGUCGUGUCGUGCAACCGAAUAUCAACAGUAGAAUCUCUCGCCCAUGGAGAAAAAAAACUCACGAAACAUUCAAACUUAAAGUACCAAGUCAAACAAUAACAGCAGCUACGGACGCCACCGGUCUUUGCUUCCGUAGCACUAUGGUGCAACUUUUCGACAGCAGUUUCAAGUUUUUGGAGUGCAAAUUAGAAAUUCUUGCUAAAGGAAGCUUUCCGCACACAGCGGGCGCGAUGAUGCAUGAUGGGUUGCCAAAUUCUGGCCCAAAGCACCCGUAACCGUACGGCAUCUCCAUCCUCCUUCGCCAUUAAUUGCAAAAACCCUGCGCUGCAUCACCCGGGAGCUCUUUUAUUGCUUUCUUUUUUUUUGCUUGCAACACUACUUAACCAACUACUUUUUCGGCCAAUCGUUGCCGGCCCCAGUUCUCAAGGACCCUGCUGUGCGUGAUUCAUUAGGGUAACGCAAAUUACAUGCAGUUCAUCAGUUUAGGCAUCUCGCCACGAGCAUUAGCACGUUACACCGAAUUGCAUACAUGCAGGCGGCGACUGUUCAAAAGAUAAUUGCGCCAGUGAAACUUCUUGCCGAGCAACAAAAAACAAAAGCAAAAGCCUACACACUAGCACGGCCCGAUCCGUCAAUCAUGAUAACCUUUUCGGCGACUUUUAACAAAAUGCUUCCUCUUUCCAGUCUAAAACUGGCAUUAAGAAUAGACAGCGGAAAACAGUUUGAGUAGAAAUUUCGUAGCGAGUAGCGUACUAGCGUGCUGUGUUAGAAACGGUUUUGACGAGAGAUUAACUUAUUUUCUAACAAAACAAAAUUAUUUACCUUCAAUUCCUAUCAUUAAGCAACCUCCUAGUCUACUCUAACAAAGCAUUUAAUAUAUUGUUCAUAAAGCGCCUAAAAGUAUACUUUCUCUUGAUAAAUUAGCAUUUUUUCCGCCUAGAAAAUUCCACACUCUUUUCACAAGCAAUACAAAAGACUAGUAAAACAAACGAAUCAAAUUAUGCAACCGAUCCUAUGAAGGGUUCGCAUCAGUUGCAAGCCUAUUAUUCAAACAGCAAACUAGAAAAACGUAGCCCCUUUACUCUUUUCCAACUACACUAUACUCGAUACUAUUUACUAUUCCAAACGAGUCUACGACCGAACUUCCAGCUUCAACGGUUCUGGGAAACGUUUCCAACACAACGAUAGACGCCGAUCCAGCCGGUAGUGAAUAUAGUGAAUCAGGAAAAGCCAACUCUUAGCACAUCUUGCAACGAUCUUGAACAGAUACUAAUUUUACCACUAACCUAACGCUACUAAACUAAUCAAUCAACGAAGGGCAGCAGAAAAAGAAACGAAAAACAAAAUAAUAUUUCUUCCAGCGUGGCAGAGAAAAUCAAAUACGUACGGUCUACUACUAUAACUACAACUACAACUACUACUCUAUAACCGCUACUAGGCGUGUGCUCUACCUACAGCCUUGUUUCCAACCAACUUCAGUUUGUUCCACUAUACUCAUGUUAGGUGAAUGAAUAAGCGCACUCGUAAGCUCUGUAACAAUUUAAAGCAUUACUCUAGCGACAUAAACAUACACACUCUGUUAGAAGUAAACAAACAAACACAAAACCUGCAAACAAUGAGCAAUAGACAUUGAACGAAAAAGCAAUACUUAAAACAUGUGACAAUGAGGUAGUGAUGAAUGCGAGAGAAAGAAAAAUUACCUAAAAUAUAUAUAUGCAAAAAAACUCGUUUGUCCUUUAGCUUUAGAUAGGUGGAAGAUUUUCUUCGUGCUAGAAAAAAAAACUUAAUUAAACAACGAUGCAGAAAACCGAUGAAAAACCCCGACACACAAGCACAAUGAAAUCGAAUGGGUAAAUUCGUCCAUGCUAGCAGUAUAUAUGUAGUAUAUAUGCGAGCAAACACCCCUUUAUCUAUUAAGCUAUGUACCCAAUUAUUAAGGUAGAGUACUCUGUAGAAAUGAACCUCCAUUUCAAAAGCUGGAUGCGCUUGACAAGGCUGUCCACGAUCAUCCUCUUUACUUCCAACCUUGUGGCUGUUGACAUCACACUACAAGGCAUUACAAACUGCAAAAGCAAUACUUGAAACGCGUCGCGACGAAAUGCAUUUAUCGAAGUAAAUUUUGAACUCGAAGUAAGAGAAAAGAGGGUAGCAAAAGGAAGGGUAUUCGGUUUUAGAACACCCUGAAAAAAAAUCAAACAAUACUACAACAACCCAAACCAAACAAAAAGACCAAUUUGAUAUAAAGCAAAACAACACAAAUUACACGCAAUUAGCGUAGUCCGUUCUGACAGGAGCUCGAGCUAGCAGAAGCUUAAUAUUUAAACACUUAGUCUCUUAGCAAGCUUUUGUCCCUCUCUCUCUCUCUCUCUCAACUAGCGUAGCGGAUGCGGAUUACUUCUAGGGUUGGAUCUUUUAAAGAUCCCUUUUCCCUUUUACGACACAGAACUCUUCGGUAGCAGUUAUCCUCUUGCUCUUCCCUUACUCUUUCAAGCAUCAAGCAAGGCAAGCAUUCCAAGCACCGGCACUGAUUUAUAUAUUUACACCGAACGAAAACGGCUGACCACAGCAUAGCUACAUUCAUUGGUCAUUAGAAGAAUGAGAAGGUAAGAAAAAAAACCUUGUCUUGCAACAUUAAUACAUUCAGCAGUUUGUGGA